AUGCGCUCUUCAACCGUCAUCCCCGCCAUUCUCGUUGCCACCUCUGCACUCCCGUCUCUUGCGGUUCCAGUGUUCUCUCGUCACGGAGAAUUUUCUGAUCCUCUCGAGCAUGCCCGACCGGGCCAUCCGAGUCGUGGUCCUGGCAAUGGGGCCCACAACGUUGCUUAUGCGCACCACGAGGAGCACCACCCAGUGCACGCCCAUGGACCUAUGCAUCCGGAACACGAAGCGGAACACGAUGAGGAGGAACACCACGUCCGCGCGAUGGGCUUCGAGGGCAUCGAAAUGCCCGUACACCAUCCUCCGUACCCUCUCCACAUCGGACGUCCGAUCGAGCGUCUCUACCCAGGACGUCCGAUCGGGCGUGUCCACCCAGUAUUCCAGGAGAUUGCGCGGGCAUUCGAGGACGAUCUCGAUAUUCGCGAGUACUACAGCCUCCUGGACGCGCGGGACGCCAAGGUGCCUGUGCAUGCGCUCAAGCCGAAGACAGCUGCGAAGCUGAAGCCCGCUCUCAAGUCCACCCGUAAACCUACACCCAAGCCUGCGCACAAGCCCGCGAGCAUGUCUGCGCAUAAGCCCGCGCACAAUCCUGCGCACAAGCCCGCGGCCAAUCCUGCGCACAAGCCUGCGGCCAACCCUGUCCGUAAGCCCUCGGGGAGCCCUGCGUGGAAGCCCAUGCCAUUGGGUCACGGGCCGGUGGUACCCUUUCACAAGCUCCCACCGAAGCCCGCGCCCCAUUCAACCACGGGCGUUCUGGGGAGCGCCACUAACAAUCAGUGGAACCCGGUACAACAGACCGCUGCCACUGACGUCCAGACCGAGUUCAAUGACAUGACGAACGUAGAGGACAACCUGUUGAAAGGUGCGUUUGGCCCUAAUGCCAGGCGAGAGGUAGAGGCGAGGAAUGCUGAGCUCUGGGAUUGGCUCAUGGAACGCAGUGCAUACGAGGUGGAUGAGUUGGAUUGA